AUGGGCUGUAAAAACGGUGUCAGCGGCGUCAGUAGUAGCAGCAGCAGCCGCCGCACUCGAAAGGAAAACAGCAAAGUGCUGUCCAGCGUGUUCAAAAUGGAAGAAAAUCACAACGUCUUGCUUCCCGAAUUGAAAGAGAUGGAAAACAAGGUCGGGAUGAAAACACCCGAGAUCCUCCUGAGCUGGAUGGGUGGAGAAGACGCCAACUUUGAAGAUGUGAACGACUGGAGAUGCCAUACGUCCGACUUCAGUGGAGACUUUUCGGACAGAAUCAGCAGUUUAAAACACGAACUGAGGUUGCUGCGUUCUGCUGAUGUGAAGAUCCUGCGACAGUUGGUGGCGGUGCACGAGGGUAUCGAGGCCCUACGAUGGCUGAUCGAGGAGCAAGGGGCCACGGUCAGUCUAGGGAGCAGCUUAUCAGGCAGCCUGAGCAGCCUCGUCACAGUGGUGGAACAAGCAUCCACAGGGAGCACCCUCGGGUCAGGCUCGAGUCCAACUUUCCCUAAAUAUUUGACAGAAACACCGGGCGAGGAUUCAGCAGGUCAACUGUCAGCGAAAUUUGACUAUCAUGAUUACGCUACGGAUAUGCCCAGUCCCAGUUUUCAGAUGUCUCAGCCCCAGAACGCUGAUCCGCUGUUGCCAAGAGACGUCAACACCACAGCUGGUACCAUCACAAGAGCUCUGCUCAGAUCAAGGAAGUCGAGAAAAGAAAAAAAAGACACCAGUGUCACGCACACUAAUUCUACAGACUCUCCAAAUAAUUACAAAACAAAAGAGGAGGAAAGAAUACCAAACAGAGAGGACGCGCUGCUGGUGUACGACACCCAGUGGUGCUGGAUGGAAUCAAAAGAUGAUGUGACAUAUUUAUGAUUUUUUUUUAAAUUAUUUUAUGUUCCCUUUUAUAUUCAUAUUCAAAAUGUGCAUGACUUCUUUCAUUUCUUUCAACGCAUACAAGCCCCUCGCAUACAGUAUACUGUAUACAAAUAUGUAAAUGAAGAACAAUUGGGGUAAAUUUUGUAUACAACAUAAGUCGUAUUAAAACGUGUUUUAUGCGGGGGAAAAUGGCGCAAUUAUUUUUUUUAAAUAAAUGCGUCAAUGU